UUGGACUGGUGAUCCUUGUGGGUCCCUUCCAGCUCAGGAUAUGCAGUGAUUUUAUGAAGGGCCGCUCCCAGCCCCGCCGCAGGUGUGUCCGGGGCCCGAGGAGCAGGAAAGGGCAGCUCGGCUGGGGCCGGGGCUGAUCUGGAGCCACUUUCCAGAGGGCGGCACGGCACCGGGAGCGGCGCCACACACCCGGCGAUUCCCCUCGCACCUGGUGCUGAUGUUUCUCACCAGCAAAUCUCUCACUUGAGUUCUCAGGCACUGUCAGAUUAUCAGGAGUGAAGCUCCCCAGCGAUGGCAGGGAAAAAAGUCCUGAUAGUCUAUGCACAUCAAGAGCCCAAGUCCUUCAAUGGAUCUUUGCUGAAGAUUGCUGUGGAAGAGCUGACCAAGCAGGGCUGCAGCGUCACCGUGUCGGAUUUAUACGCCAUGCAAUUUGAGCCCAGAGCAACAAGGAAUGACAUUGUUGGUCACCUGCACAACUCAGAAGCCUUCAAUUAUGGGGUGGAAACCUGGGAAGCUUACAAGAGAGGAAGUUUGUCCAAAGACCUGGUUGAAGAGCAGAAGAAAGUGCAGGAAGCAGACCUGCUGAUUUUUCAGUUUCCCUUGUUUUGGUUCAGCAUGCCUGCAAUCCUGAAGGGCUGGAUGGACAGAGUCUUGGUCCAAGGCUUUGCUUACGAUUUGUCAAAGGUUUAUGAUGGUGGUUUGCUCCAGGACAAAUUAUCCUUGUUUUCUUUCACUACGGGAGGAAGCAAAGAGAAGUAUGCAAUCCGAGGUGAUAUUCGCUAUCUCCUAUGGCCCAUGCAGAAAGCUGGAAGGGAGAGCCCCUGGUCCCAGCAGAUGCACGUGGGGCCAGCACAAGGCACAAAGCAGACAGUGCCAUCCCUGGAAGAGCAGAUAAGGGUAGGUGGAUGGUUUAGGAGCGCCCAUACUGCAUUGCUGGGAGAAAUGAAGGACGAGAUGUGUACUCGGAGAAGAGCAGAAGUCCAGGGGAAAAAAAAUAUCCAGAGAUAA